ACGUAUAUACCAUGGGCCACCUGCCAGUCUGUGAUGCGCUGGCAGUGUAAUAUGGUUAUGAUAUUUGGAAACUGUAUGUGAAUAUGGAAAGGCAAAUAAGGUUUUUAAAUAAAUUAUUGGUUGUUAUAUUAACUGUUAUAUAUUAUGCUCAUUCUUCGUUUGUACAUAGAAGAUUUGAGUAUAAAUAUUCGUUUAAACCCCCAUAUUUAGCUCAGAAAGAUGGAUCGGUGCCGUUCUGGGAAUAUGGUGGAAAUGCAAUUGCUAGUUCAGAGAAUGUCAGAUUGGCACCUUCUUUGCGUAGUCAAAAGGGAGCAAUAUGGACUAAGCAACCAAUAAAUUUUGAUUGGUUUGAAGUAGAAAUAGCAUUUAGAAUCAGUGGAAGAGGUAGAAUAGGAGCUGAUGGGAUGGCAUUUUGGUACACUCAAAAUAAAGGUUCCUAUGAUGGUAAUGUAUUUGGAUCUUCUGAUAAAUGGGUUGGAUUGGGUGUAUUUUUUGAUUCAUUUGACAAUGAUAAUAAGCAUAACAAUCCCUAUAUCAUGGCUGUUCUUAAUGAUGGAACAAAGCAGUUUGAUCAUCAAGCUGAUGGGACAACACAACAAUUGGCUGGUUGUCUAAGGGAUUUCCGUAACAAGCCAUUUCCAACAAAAGCAAAAAUUGAUUAUUACAAUAAUAUUUUGACAUUAUUGUUUCACAAUGGAAUGACAAAUAAUGAUCAAGAUUACGAAGUUUGUUUACGAGUGGAAAAUGUUGUGUUGCCAAAGAAUGGAUAUUUUGGACUUUCAGCGGCAACUGGUGGAUUAGCUGAUGAUCACGAUGUUAUUCAUUUUUUGACAACAAGUUAUAAUGCAGCAGGCACUCAGAUGGGUCAGCAAGGUCCAACUGAGGACCAACAGAAACUGCAACAAGAAUAUUUGGAUUAUCAAAAAAAGUUAGAAGAGCAGAAGGCUGAAUACAAAAAGGAACAUCCUGGAGAGAAAGAGCCUGACCUUGAAGAUUGGUUCGAGUCUGAUAACCAGCGGGAACUUCGUCAAAUAUUCCAAGGCCAAAAUCAAAUUUAUGAUAUCAUUAGGGAUCUUAAUCGUAAAUUGGACGAGGUAAUUGGCAAGCAGGAAAGAACUUUGAGUUUGAUUUCUCAACAAGCCGGCGCAGUUGGCGGCCAUGUGCCCGCUUCUCCGGCAAGUCAAGCUCUGCCAGUUGAUAGUUCUAGCGACAGUAUUCGAAGACACGAGGUGGAUGCUAUGUUUAACAAUCAGAAUCAGAUAUUGAACGCUGCAAGAGAGCUGAGGACGUUCAUCUUGGAACUUAAACAAAGAGCUGACACCAUUAUCAAUAACCAAGCGAAGCAGCCAACUGCCCAAGUUCAGUCAAUAGGCUAUGAUUCCCAAGCAUUAAUUUCUGAAAUGAGAGACGGUAUGAAUCAUGUUAAGUCAAACAUGGCGCAAGUUAUGCAAAAAAUGGGAUCUCAGCAAGGUGGCUGCCAAAAUAUCAGUUGUGUGUCAGUGACAACUUUGUUGGUUGUUGUAGUAAUUCAACUGAUAGUCAUUUUAGGAUAUCAACUCUACAAGGACAAUAAAGGCAGUCAGUUAAAGAAGUUCUAUUAAAUUUGGAUGUAGGCAAGCCAAAAUUUCUAAAAAUUGUUAACUUUAUGUAGAUUUACCUUCCAUGAGCCUAAUUUGUUAUUUUAAAAUUAAGAAUAAAGUAAAACUUCCGCAGGCUGUGGACUUAUAGAUAUACAUCUUCUGGAUUUCUUAUCUAAUCAAUUGUGGCUCGUUCAGUUGUUUAGAUUCCUUCCUGGAAAAUUUCCAUUCAAUUUUUAGAAACGUCAACCAUCAAAACGCAUCCCAUUAAACAUCCAAAACAUGUAUAUCUACACAAAUAGUUUGUAUUUGUAAAUAGUCCAGAUUACUUUUAAGAUUGUUAAGACAUGUUUCAUACCCUCAACUCAUUAUUAAUUUAUUUUUGAACAGUGGUUGUACAGUUUUUAGAGCUAUUCUACUUAAUUUACAAAAAAAUUAUUAGUUUACUCAACUUUUUGUACAAAGCAGUCUGUGAAAACAGUAUGAAAAUGACAUGACAAA